UUACCCCACAAUCCCGGAAACGCGUCAUCACUUGCGACCUUGUCUUCUUCACUUGGUUUUCUAACAGGCGGAGAGGACGAGCAUGGCGAAUAAAGAUCCCGGGGGUUUUCUGCAGCAGCUGCGGCAGAUCGCAGGCAGGAUGUCUUCAGGACCUCGGGGCGCAGGACUCGGCUUGAAGCUGCUGAUUGGUGCUGGAGCUCUGGCUUACACAGUGAAGGAAGCCACAUACACAGUGGAAGGAGGUCAGAGGGCCAUCGUCUUCAACCGGAUCGGAGGGAUGCAGAUGGACACGGUGCUCUCCGAGGGACUCCACUUCAGGAUGCCCUGGUUUCAGUAUCCCAUCAUCUAUGACAUCAGAGCCAGACCCAGAAAGAUCUCCUCUCUCACUGGAAGCAAAGACCUGCAGAUGGUCAACGUCUCCCUGCGAGUUCUGUCCCGGCCGCUGGCGUCCAACCUGCCCGUCCUCUACCAGCACCUGGGACAGGACUACGACGAGCGCGUGCUGCCCUCCAUCGUCAACGAGGUGCUGAAGAGCGUGGUGGCCAAGUUCAACGCAUCGCAGCUCAUCACGCAGAGAGCGCAGGUUUCCAUGCUGAUCCGCAGGGAGCUGUUUGAGCGGGCCAAAGACUUCAACAUCAUCCUGGACGACGUGGCCAUCACCGAGCUCAGCUUCAGCCGCGAGUACACGGCCGCCGUGGAGGCCAAACAAGUCGCCCAGCAGGAGGCGCAGCGAGCUCAGUUCUACGUGGAGAAGGCCAAACAGGACCAGAGGCAGAAGAUCAUCCAGGCCGAAGGAGAAGCUCAGGCCGCCAAGAUGCUGGGCGAGGCCGUGACCAAGAAUCCAGGUUACCUGAAACUCAGGAAGAUCCGGGCGGCGCAGAACAUCGCCAAGACGGUGGCGCAGUCCCAAAACAAAGUGUACCUGAACGCCGACAGCCUGGUGCUCAACCUGCAGGACAGCAAAAGCUUCAAUUUGUCGCUCUCGAAGAAGUAAGAAGCUGCUUCUCAUCAUUCCUUCAGUUCUGCUUCUGCAGAAAGAAAACCCCUCCGGUCUUCUCCCGUCUUCUCCCCGCCGGCCCUGUUUACCUCCCACAGCAGGUUUAUCGGUGAUCCGCUUCGUUUCCAUGACACCGAGCCUGAUUUCAUAUCUGAUAAUGUAACAUUUACAGACGUUUUUCUCCUUUUUGUAGAAUCAGGAAAAGCUUUUUAUUUGUGUGAAGUAGUUCCUCUCUGAUGCAGCCUUCUGCUUUUCGGAGUUUUCGAACUUCCUCUCAUGAACACUUUUCAUUAGCACAGCUUAAUUUCUGCGUGACCUGUCGCACAGCGCCGUGCUCAAAGUAACAGUUUGACGUGUCGCUCUGAACUUUUCAAACACUAUCAGAACGUUUUUCUGUUACUUUGUCAGAAAACUCAAACAAACAAACUCUGGUCUCCGGCGUUAAAGCCGCCGUUUGCGUCUGACGUGUGAUCGUAAAUGCAGGCGUGUUGCCGUCAGACUGCAGGAGGACGAUAGAAUGAGUCCACCUGUCCGUGCUGACGCUGUCCGACAGGGAGCAGGUGAGCGCUUCGGCCUGGCGCCGCCUCGCGUGAAGACUCGGAGUCCAGCGGCUUCCUGGACGCCGUCGGCAGGUCAGCUGCGGUGAGUCAGCGCUCGCAGCAGCUUUUGUUUUGUAACACUUCGAUAAGCGUCUCAUUCAACAUAAAACCUCAAACCCUGCUGAGUCACCGUCGUUAAUGCCGGCCAGUAUUUGUCAGUGCGCCUCUAACACACCGCAGUUUGUUUGUAUGAACGGAUCCAUGUUUGAGCACUUACACAAUUUAUACUGAAUAAAUAUGAAGUUCUUUGGAGA